AUGCUUCGUGGGGCUCAGCGGGCCUGGGGUCGAGCUCGGCUUCGACACAACGACGAGGACUUCAAGGCCGAGUUUGAGCAAUUCGACACCGACUCCGGUUACUUCGACUUGGAUCGCGGGCAUGGUGCGAUAUCUACGGAGGAUGAAAAUGAUGAGGUUGACGAGAUCAACUCGUUAGCUGCCAAGAGACCCGUCUCAAAAGAUGACUUGAGCACCAGGACUAGUACUGGUUUUUAUGUCCCCACACAAAGGCCACAAAAAAGGAAGAGAAAAAACCAAUUCAAAGGCAUCCGACAGCGCCCCUGGGGUAAGUGGGCUGCUGAAAUCAGAGAUCCUAUUAAGGGUGCCCGUGUUUGGCUUGGUACUUUCAACAGUGCUGAAGAAGCUGCAAGAGCUUAUGAUGUUGAAGCACAUAGGAUCCGUGGAAAGAAGGCCAAGCUUAACUUUCCGGAUGAACCAAUAAUUCCUCAAAAGCACCGUGCUCUCCAUGUUAUUCCUAAAGUACCAAAGCCAAGCACAACACAAGAACAUAGUUUCAUACCAUCAGUCAAGAACCUUGCCAACCAAAAUGAUUUCGUCUACCCAUCUACUGAUUUCACAUCAAUGCAACCACUUGUUCAGCUUGACAACAUGCCAUUUGUUCCUGCAGUGAGCUCUGUUACCCCUGUUGAAGUUGCUCCUAUGAAUAUGUACUAUGACCUAAGAAGUAAUACCUUUGGAUGUUCUAAGUUGGGCCGAGAGUAUUACACCAAGACUCCUGAUAUAUCAUCCAUUGCUCCCAUUUCAACCAUUGCUGAAGGAGAAGGAUUCACGCCUAUCAAGAGUAACACCAACAACUCAGUGGUGCCUCCUGUUAUGGAGAAUAAUGGUGUCAAUUUAGAACCUUGGAUGAGAUAUCUUAUGGAUGAUAGCGUGGAUAAGCUGAUUAAUAGCCUACUGAAUUUUGAUGUGCCUCGGGAUGUCGUUGGCAACAUGGACUUUGGAGGUUCAAUGACAUGCCCGUCUGUGGUCAAUUUUUCUGAGACAAUCAAACCCUAUAUAUCAGGAAAAAGGGAAUAA